GCCUUUUUCAGGUCUUCAGGGGUCUUUUGAGAAUGUUUGCAGAACAGAAGCUUCAUUUUGAGGGAAAACAACUUUGAUCCCAAAUAUAUGAACCAUGGGGACACUUAUGUUUUUUGUUAAUGGCAAAAAAAUUGAGCUAAAUGAAAAUGAUAUAGAUUAUGGAACAAAACUGUUGUUUUUUCUCAGAAACAGAUUGCACCUAACAGGAAGCAAGAAUGCCUGUGGACAGGGUGGGUGUGGAGCAUGCUCAGUUAUUUUGUCAAAAUUUGACCACCAAUUACAAAAAAUAAGACAUGUGACUGUGAAUGCUUGUAUCACCCCAUUAUACUACCUACAUGGAUGUGCUGUGACCACAGUGGAGGGUAUAGGUACACCACGAGUUGGCUUACAUCCAAUUCAGGAAAGUUUGGUAAAAAGCCAUGGAAUUCAGUGUGGGUUCUGCACUCCUGGAAUAGUUGUCUCCCUUUCUUGUUUACUGCGGAAUAACCCAUCACCUACCAAGUAUGACGUGGAAAGAGCCAUCGAAGGAAAUUUGUGUAGAUGUACUGGGUAUCGUCCUAUUUUGGAUUCAUUGAAGCCUUUUGUUGAUUGCCCUUUGGGAGAAAAUUGUUGCAAAUCAGAGGCAAAAAAAUUGGAAGGUGAUGAAAAUGUCUCAGAAUACAAGACAAUGGAUUCUACUCAAGCUGCUAUUUUUCCUCCAGAACUAAAGAAAUGGGAACCUCCUGAUAAUAAGCUUUCACUGACAUCUGGUUUGACCACUUGGAUUGUUCCAUUCAGUAUGGAACAUCUCAAAACUUCUUGGUCAGAGAACCCAACAGCCCGAUUUGUUGCUGGAGGCACAGCUCUGGGGAAGCAAAUAACGAGAAAAGAAAAGGGUGGUUGUUUUAUAAGUUGUCAUCAGGUUUUUGAUCUACAGAAGAUGUCUGUCAGUGACACAGGUGUAGAUGUUGGGGGUGCUGUCACCUUCAGUGUAAUGGAGGAGUACCUAAUAAAGGCCAAGCUGUCCAGUAAAGAUACAAACAGAUUACAGGUGUUGCAGUCAUUCUUGGAUUGUAUUCGAUGGCUGGCCACUGACCAGAUACGCAAUGUGGCAACUAUUGGUGGUCACUUAGCUUGCCAGGGUACUAACCUUGACAUGACCCCGCUGUUUGUAGCCUUAGAAGCCACUGUUACUCUAAUGGACAUCACCGGAGCAUUACACAAGUUAACAGUAGAAGAGUAUUUGUCAGAUGAACAAACAGCAAAGGAACUUGUACUGAAUGUCCAUAUACCCUUCCACAAAGAGUUUCAGAAUGUCAUAUUCUACAAACAACCAAACAGACGGGGCUAUGACGAUAUCGGGGUCAGUUGUGCUGUGGUGUUAGACAUCACCCAUAUGGGAGUUGUGAAACAUUUUACUGCUUGUUUUGGAGGAUUUACUCAGCAUUUUGUAAAAGUGGUCUUGUCUGAUGAUUUGUUUGAUGCUGAGAGGACAUGGAAAAGUCUCUCGUUUGCUAAACUAGAAAAUCUACUGAGAGAAGGAUUUUUUGUGGAAGAAGUAGAAGUCAAGGAGGAAUUACUGCUUCUCUCUCUCGGCUUCAUAAAGAAAGUUCAGACUUCAGUAAACACACAAGCCAUGGAGGAGAGGCUCCCUAUCCAGACACAACCAGAGCCGUGUAGGUCUAACAUUGUCUUUGAUAGUGCCCCGGUUGACCAGCCCCAGUCUGACCCCGUGUGGAGGCCGAUCCCCCAAACCACCGCCGAGGAUCUGGUGUCAGGACAGGCCAUGUUUAUUGAUGACAUGCCAGCAUUCCAGAAUGAGCUCUAUCUUUGCCUGGUCUUGAGCAAUGUGGCGCGGGCUAAGCUUGUCAGUGUAGACUGGUCAGGUGCCAGGGAUUCCCCGGGGGUGGUGGACUGUAUCGACCACACGUCUGUCCCUGGCAGCAACAUGUGGGGAAUGAUUGUCUGCGAUGAGGAAUUAUUUGCUUCCAAAGAGGUAGUUUACUGGGGACAGCCAGUAGGUGCUGUGAUUGCAAAGUCAAGAGAACAGGCAAAGCAUGGAGCUCAGCAAGUCAGGAUUAAGUAUGAGGAGCUGAAGCCGAUUCUAAGUAUUGAGGAUGCCAUUAAUUCCGAUUCCUUCUUUGAUGCGACAAUUUCAAGAUGUCGUGGAGAUGUCUCCAAGGGCUUUACAGUUUCGGAUCAAAUCCUUGAGGGCUCUGUAUGCACCGGAACUCAAGAACAGUUUUAUAUGGAGACCAUUGGAGCCAUUGGGGUCCCCAAAAGGGAACAGCAUGAGAUAGAAAUGUUUGUUACUCACCAGUCUCCUGCCUUUAUUCAGAAAUCCGUAGCUUCAACUUUGGGCAUACCAAUCAAUCGAGUUAUUGUUCGUCAUAAAAGAACUGGAGGGGGGUUUGGAGGGAAGGAGACUCAGCCGGUGAAGAUCUGUGCUCCUGUAGCUCUAGCCGCUCAAAGGAAUGGUUGCCCUGUGCGAGGGAUAUUAACCAGGAAGGAUGAUUUGACCAUUACAGGAAAACGUCAUCCUUAUUUGUUUAAGUACAAGGUGGGAUUUUGUAAAGGUGGUAAAAUAGAAAGUCUACAUGUCAAAGUUUACUCAAAUGCUGUUUUGGAAUGUACCGUGGACCACCUGGAGGGUUGUUACUCCAUACCUAACGUCCACAUUGAGGGUAAGCUGUGUAGAACAAACACUGUGUCUAAUACGUCCUUUAGAGGAUUUGGGGUUCCACAAGCAUACGUUGCCAUGGAAACAAUAAUAGAUCACAUUGCACAUACCCUGAAACUGCCUGUUAAACAGGUUCAGGAAGUUAAUUUUGCAAAGACUGGAUUUGUACCAUUUACCAAACUACCAGUUGAGGACACAAACAUGCUGAAGGCGUGGCACCAAUGCCAGGAGCAGGCCCAGUAUACCAAAAAAGAGGCAGAAGUCGCUGCAUUUAAUGAAAAAUCCAAACACAGAAAGAGGGGGCUAGCUACGAUGGCAGUCAGAUUUAAGAUUGGGUUUGAUCUUCCGUUCCUUAACCAGGGCAAUGCUUUAAUACAUGUAUACUUGGAUGGUUCUGUAAGUUUGUCACAUGGAGGCUGUGAGAUGGGGCAAGGUCUAAACAUGAAACUCUUACAGAUUGCCUCCAGAGCCCUUGGUAUACCUCUGAGUAAAAUCUACACAGCAGAGAACUCGACACAGACAGUGGCCAAUGCCGGCUCCACCAUGGGAAGUUGUACCACAGACAUCAUAGGGGCUGCUGUGCUGAAUGCAUGUAAAGAAUUACUAAGCAGACUCCAACCAUUAAAGGAAAAGAAACCACAUGCAACUUGGGAAGAAAUAGUAGUAGAUGCCUUCCUUAACAGGAUAAGCUUAUCAGUAAUGGGUCAUGGAAGUCCUGGUGAUGGUGGAAUAUUCUACUACACAUUUGGAGCAGCCUGUUCUAUGGUGGAGAUUGAUUGUCUCUCAGGAGAACACCAGAUUCUGAGCACGGACAUUGUUAUGGAUGUUGGUAAAAGUUUAAAUCCUGGAAUUGAUGUUGGACAGAUAGAGGGAGCAUUUCUACAAGGAUAUGGAAUGGUGGCACUAGAAGAAUGGAAAAUGAAGAGCAAUGGAGAAAUUGAAUGUACUGGUCCUAGUAACUAUAGUCUUCCUUAUGUUAGGAAUUUACCUAAUGACUUCAACGUGACUCUGCUCAGUGACUGUCCCAACAAACAAGCUGUCUACUCCUCUAAGGGUAUAGGAGAACCCCCAUUGUUGCUGGCUAUAACCGUCCAGAAAGCUAUCAGAUCAGCUGUGUUAGCUUCCAGGAGAGAUGCAGGGCUGACUGAAUAUGUCCAGCUAGAUUGUCCAGUAACAUCUACAAAAGUACUCAAAGCCUGCAGUGUAGGUGUUGGAGAUAGAAGAACUGAAAGUCUGCAAUGAUGGUUUUCUUGAUUGAGUAAAAGUG